AUGUCAACAUACGAAGUGACCGUUUUUACUGGCAACAGGAAUUGGGCCGGUACUAGCAACAACAUAUACAUCAAACUUAUCGGUCGCACUGGGGAAAGUGACCGUACAUGUAUUACGCCGCUCCUAACGACAGGCUUCUGGAGUGGACAACAAACAAAUGUCCGUCUAAGUUGUUCUGAGUCUCUGGGAGAUCUGAUAAUGGUGGAACUGGACAAGCAGUCAGUGAUACAAAAUGACUCCUGGUUUGUGGACAAAGUUGAAGUGCAAUCUCCAGAAGGAAAAGUCUUCAAGUUCCCCAUGUACCACUGGAUCCAGAAUGAAAAGGUUCAUUCUUUCAUGGAGGGAACAGCUCAGAUCUUGUCACAAGACCAACAUCACCUCACCCUCGCUGCUAGGAAGAGGGAGUUGCAGCUCAGGAAAUAUGAAUACUGUUGGAAGGUUCAAACCGAGGGCAUUCCUCACCUCAUCAAAGCUGAGAGUGCGUCUGAUUUGCCUCCUGAAGUUCAGUUCUCCUUCACAAAGGACAUGGGAAUCAAAUGGAAUAUAACAGUAGUGAUGUUGGAGCUGAAACUGGCACAUUUUAAAGAUAGUGCAAUUCCUUGGUCUGAUAUGGAUUCAAUUAAAGCCAUGAAUUCUCGCAGCAAAACAACUGUCACAGAAUACGUGGAGCAGAACUGGGAGAAGGAUGAGUUCUUUGGUUACCAAUGUCUGAAUGGACUGAACCCCAUGAUGAUCCGCCGCUGCAGCUCUCUGCCUGCAAACUUCCCAGUCACAGACGACAUGCUGCAUCUGGAAGGAUUCACUUUGGAACAAGAGAUGAAGAAUGGCAACAUGUUCCUGUGUGACUACAAAAUGUUGGAUGGAGUGAAGACAAAUAUUAUCAAUGACAAAAAGCAAUAUCUGGCGGCUCCUCUUGUUCUAUUUCACAAAACCUCUGAUGACGAGCUGAAGCCGGUGGCCAUUCAGCUCAAACAGACUGCAGCAGAGGACAACCCCAUCUUUGUCCCCACUGACACAAAGUAUGACUGGUUACUGGCCAAGACCUUUGUGAGAGCGGCAGAUUUCAUGGAUCAUGGGCUGAACAGACACCUGCUGCGCACUCACCUGCUGAGUGAGGUCUUCUCUGUGUCUCUGCUGAGAAACUUUCCCAGGGUGCAUCCUCUGUACAAGCUUCUGGUUCCUCACACUCGUUACACUCUGCAUAUCAACAUCAGGGCCAGAGAGAGGCUGAUUUCUAAAGACGGGCUUAUAACACAGAACAGCGCCUGUGGAGCAGAUGGAAUAAUCACCAUCCUGCAGAGGGCGCUGUCCUCGGUCACCUACAGCUCCCUGUGUGUCCCAGACAACAUUAAGGAGAGAGGAGUGGAGAAGGUGCCCAACUACUACUACAGAGACGACGCACUCAAGCUUUGGGACAUCAUGCACAGGUUUGUGACAGGAGUGAUAAAGCACUACUACAAGAACGAUGCGGAGGUCAAAGAUGACCCUGAGCUGCAGGCUUAUAUCAAGGAAGUAUUUGAAUAUGGCUUUCUGUCUGAAACAGAAAGCGGAAUCCCACAGAGGUUCUGUACUGUGGAUGAGUUGGUGAAGUUUGUGACCAUGGUCAUUUUCAAUUCCUCAGCCCAGCACACAGCUGUCAACAAUGGACAUUUGGACUUUGGUGGUUUUUUGCCCAAUAUGCCGAGCUCCUUGCAACAGGCUCCACCGACUGUAAAGGGGAAAGCGAAUGAAGACAUUCUUCUGAAGACUCUUCCUGACCGCAACACCAGCGCAAUCUCUCUGACCACGUUCUGGCUCCUCAGCGCUCUGACUCAGUCCUCUGACUUUGUUCCUCUUGGCCCACUUUUCAUGCUGCUCCUGCCGCUCCUGAUGCUCACGCUGCGCUUGCUCGUGCUGCUCCUCCCGCCGCUCGCGCUGCUCUGGCCGCUCACGCUGCUCUUCCUGCUGCCUCUUUUCCCCCUGCUACCUUUUCUCUUCCUACUGCCUCUCACGCCGCUCCCGCUGCUCCUGCUGCUUGCGCUGCUCCUCCUGCUGCUCCCUCUACUCACGGUUUUCCUGCUCGCGCUGCUCCUGCUCGCGCUGCCCUUGUUGCUCCGCCUGUCUCCUGAUGGCCUCUCUUUUUUCUUCACCGCUUUUUCUGCCCUUUCUGUCUGA